AUGAGAUGAGCAGAGGCGUUUCUGAUGAGCACGCUGGAGAGUCUGGAUGCUGCAUGUAUGUGUGGAAAGCUUCCAAUCCUCAACAGUCUCCCAGCAAAGGUAACGCUGCAAAGUGAUCAAACUCAGCAUCGGCGCUGCCUGUUCGAGCAACCUGCAGUCACAGUGUCAGCAUCCAGCACAAUCUCUCUAUCCUGUUAUUUCCCACGAACAAGAAGGAUGGUGGAUUUGGACAGUGAAGUGCCCCCUUUACCACCUAGGUACAGAUUUCGGGAUUUGCUUCUCGGGGACCAAGGUUGGCAAAACGACGACAGAGUUCAAGUAGAAUUUUAUGUAAAUGAAAACACUUUUAAAGAGAGGCUGAAACUUUUCUUCAUUAAAAACCAAAGAUCAAGUCUUCGAAUUCGGCUGUUCAAUUUUUCCCUCAAACUUCUAAGCUGUAUGUUGUAUAUAGUUCGUGUCCUGCUGGAUAACUCAAACAAAAAUAAAGGAACAUGGUCUUCUAUAAUAUGGGUGGAGAGAAGUUUGCCCCUGUGGGGAUUACAGGUGACGGUGGCUCUCAUCAGCCUUUUAGAAACCAUCUUGCUUAUUUACCUCAGCUACAAGGGAAAUAUCUGGGAACAGAUUUUGCGAAUACCUUUCAUAUUGGAAAUUAUUAACACUGUUCCGUUCAUCAUUACAAUCUUUUGGCCUCCUUUAAGAGAUUUAUUUGUUCCUGUUUUCCUGAAUUGCUGGUUGGCAAAACAUGCCUUAGAGAAUAUGAUUAAUGAUCUUCACAGAGCAAUACAGAGAACACAGUCGGCAAUGUUUAAUCAAGUUUUAAUUCUAAUAUCGACUUUGUUGUGUCUCAUUUUUACUUGCAUCUGUGGAAUUCAGCAUCUGGAGCGAGCUGGGAAUAGUUUGACUCUUUUCGACUCUCUCUACUUCUGCAUUGUAACUUUUUCCACCGUGGGUUUUGGGGAUGUUACUCCACAGAUCUGGCAAUCCAAACUUUUGGUUGUCAUAAUGAUCUGUGUGGCAUUAGUUGUUCUCCCGAUCCAGUUCGAGCAGUUGGCCUAUCUAUGGAUGGAAAGGCAAAAGUCUGGAGGAAACUACAGUCGACACCGAGCACAGACAGAAAAACAUGUAGUGUUAUGUGUCAGCUCUCUGAAGAUCGAUCUGUUAAUGGAUUUCUUGAAUGAAUUCUAUGCACACCCAAGGCUUCAGGAUUAUUAUGUGGUGAUUUUGUGUCCCACGGAGAUGGAUGUUCAAGUCAGACGUGUUCUUCAGAUCCCAAUGUGGUCUCAAAGAGUCAUCUACUUACAGGGCUCAGCGCUGAAAGAUCAAGAUCUAUUAAGAGCAAAAAUGGAUGAUGCAGAGGCAUGUUUCAUACUGAGCAGCAGAUGUGAAGUAGAUAGGACAGCAGCUGAUCAUCAGACAAUACUAAGAGCCUGGGCCGUCAAAGACUUUGCUCCAAAUUGUCCUCUGUAUGUUCAGAUACUAAAACCUGAGAAUAAAUUUCAUGUCAAAUUUGCAGAUCACGUUGUAUGUGAAGAAGAAUUUAAAUAUGCAAUGCUUGCUCUCAACUGUAUAUGUCCAGCCACCUCUACAUUAAUCACAUUGCUGGUUCAUACCUCAAGAGGACAAGAAGGACAACAGUCCCCAGAGCAAUGGCAGAAAAUGUAUGGUAGAUGUUCGGGAAAUGAGGUCUACCAUAUUAAAAUGGAGGAAAGCUUAUUCUUUGCAGAAUAUGAAGGGAAAAGCUUUACAUAUGCUUCAUUCCAUGCACAUAAAAAAUUUGGUGUCUGCCUAAUUGGCGUUAAAAGAGAAGAUAACAAAAACAUCUUGCUGAACCCAGGGCCACGUUUCAUCAUGAGCUCCACGGACACCUGCUUUUACAUUCACGUGAUAAAAGAAGAGAAUUCAGCUUUUAAGCAACACGAGCAGCUUGAAAAAUUACGAAAAUACAAGUCAUCAUAUCAUGGGCCAUCCAGGCUACCUGUCCACAGUAUCAUUGCCAGCAUGGGCACAGUGGCGAUAGAUUUGCAAGACACGAGCUGUCAUUCUUCCAGUGGGCCUAACCUAACACUGCCCUCAGAAGCUAGUAAGGAAGGAAGGAGAUCCAGUAUUGCUCCGGUGCUGGAACUCGCAGAUAAUGCAAACAUACAGCCAUGUGACCUACUCAGUGACCAGUCAGAAGAUGAGACCAACCUAUCUGAUGAUGAAUGCUCUGACGCCAAGGAGUACAUCAAAGGUUAUCCUCCCAACUCACCAUAUAUAGGCAGCUCACCAACGUUUUGUCAUCUCCUGCCAGAAAAAGUCCCAUUUUGUUGUUUACGAUUGGAUAAGGGCUGUCAACAUAACUAUUAUGAAGAUGCUAAAGCCUAUGGUUUUAAAAAUAAAGUCAUCAUUGUGGCAGCCGAGACAGCAGGCAAUGGACUAUACAAUUUCAUUGUUCCACUCAGAGCUUAUUACCGACCAAAGAAGGAGCUUAAUCCAAUCAUAUUACUGCUGGAUAAUCCGCCAGAUAUGCAUUUUCUGGAUGCAAUCUGUUGGUUCCCAAUGGUCUACUACAUGGUUGGCUGCAUAGACAACCUAGAUGACUUGCUAAAGUGUGGAGUAACAUUUGCAGCAAACAUGGUGGUUGUGGACAAGGAAAGCACAAUGAGUGCAGAGGAAGACUACAUGGCGGAUGCAAAAACAAUAGUCAACGUGCAGACACUUUUCAGGUUAUUUUCAAGCCUCAGCAUCAUCACAGAGCUAACACAUCCAGCAAACAUGCGCUUCAUGCAGUUUAGGGCUAAAGACUGUUAUUCUUUAGCUCUUUCUAAGCUUGAGAAGAAGGAACGAGAACGUGGAUCUAAUCUGGCAUUCAUGUUUCGCCUUCCUUUUGCUGCUGGAAGAGUCUUCAGUAUCAGCAUGUUAGAUACAUUGCUAUAUCAGUCAUUUGUGAAAGAUUAUAUGAUCUCCAUCACACGACUGCUGCUAGGACUGGACACCACGCCGGGCUCCGGAUUUCUUUGUUCUAUGAAAAUUACAGAAGAUGACCUAUGGGUCAGAACAUACGGAAGACUUUAUCAGAAAUUAUGCUCAUCGUCUGGGGACAUUCCAAUUGGGGUCUACAGAACAGAGAGCCAAAAGCUUACCACAUCAGAGUCUCGAGAAAUGGCCUCUCAAUCUCAGAUAUCUAUCAGUGUUGAAGAAUGGGAAGACACAAAAGAAACCAAAGAAACAACAUCAAACCGUAGCAACCAUCGGAAUUCCACAUCCAGUGAUCAGUCAGACCACCCCUUAUUGAGAAGGAAAAGCAUGCAAUGGGCCAGGAGACUAAGCAGAAAAGUUCCAAGACAUUCCAACAAAACAGCUGAGAGGAUAGGUCAACAGAGGAUGACCUUGUGUCGAAGAUCAGAAAGGCAAGAACUGGCAGCCUUGGUGAAGAACAGAAUGAAGCAUCUGGGCCUUUCAACAGCUGGUUAUGAUGAAAUGAAUGAUCAGCAGAACACCCUGUCCUACAUCCUCAUCAAUCCUUCCCCGGACACCAGAUUGGAGCUGAAUGAUGUUGUCUACCUGAUCAGACCGGAUCCACUGUCGUAUGUUCCAGCCAAUGCAUCCAGCCGGAAAAGCAGCUAUUGCAACACGAGCGGGCAGGACUCAAGGGAUGACACGCAGCUUUGAUAUUUCAUUAGCUCCGGAGAUUAAAGAACUGAUUUGUGACGGUGACGUCGUUCAGCCAUGAAGAGAAGUAAACCUAUUGCUGGCGGGUGCGAGUCAAUACCUGUCUGUUACUAUAUACCCCGGACUGUAAAUUUAGUUAUUGCUAAUGUCGGUAGGCUGUCGUAUCUGUGUCUUUUCUUUACCGCUGUAAUGUCUGAAAUAGGUUUAAAGGGGUACUCCACCCCUAGACAUCUUAUCCCCCUUUCCAAAGAAUAGGGGAUAAGAUGUCUGAUCCAAGGGGGUCUGGCCGCUGGGAACCCCCCCCCACCACCACCACCACCAUCUCCGGGCAGGCACCUUGCAUUCUGAACAUUAUGUUGAGAUUGCUAGGUUUGGGUGACUGUGGUCUUGACAUGGCGCCAUGCCCACCGUGUGACAUCACGCCACGCCACGGCCGCCUGAACCCAGUGUUUUGAACAUAAAGUUUAGAACGCAGGGUGCUUACACAGAAAUCGUGAAGGGUCCCAGCGGUGGGACCCCCGCAAUCAGACAUCUUAUCCCUUAUCCUUUGGAUAGGGGGAUAAGAUGUCUAGGGGCAGAGAACCCCUUUAACAGGCCAAGAAGGUUGAGCACUUCAGGUAGGAUAUUCUGACCGAAAAGGACAUAUUUUUUUUAUAUGGGCUGCAGGUGUCUUGUACUGGAGCUGAAUGUUCUCAUAAGUGUCUUAUAGCUUCUCAAUGUGACUUUGUUUUGUAUUCUUGUUCUAUGAGUUGAAUGUUGUUUUUUAGAGAUGGUAACAGGAUAUUAAAGCACAUGCCGGUCUUGACUAACAAUUUUAUAGAUCACUUUUACAAUACUGAAAAUUUACAUCUAAGUAUUUUAGGUGACGUCCCUGGUCACCCCAGUUAAUGCUCCAAACUCAUAUCACUACUGAUCCUUAGAUGCCAUUUAAAGGGGUACUCCACCCCUAGACAUCUUAUCUCCUAUCCAAAGGAUAGGGGAUAAGAGGUAUAAUCGCGGGGUCCCGCCGCUGGGGACCCUCGCAAUAUAGCAUACAGCACCAACCUUAUCUGGUACCGGAAGCUCUGGAGGUUCUGGCUCCCGACCAUGGGGACGGAAGAUCGUGAUGUCACGGCCCCGCCCCCUCAAUGCAAGUUUAUGGGAGGGGGCGUGACGGCUGCCACGCCCCCUCCCAUAGACUUGCAUUGAGGGGGUUGGGCCUGAUGUCACAUGGCUGCCACACCCCCUACCAUAGACUUUCAUUGAGGGGGCGGGGCCUGACAUCACACGGGGGCAGAGUCAUGACGUCACAAUCUUCCAUCCCCAGCCAGAACUUCCAGAGCUUCCGGAAGCACAUACGGUGGGUGCUGCAUGCUAUAUUGCGGGGAGGGGGGGUCCCCAGCGGCGGGACCUCCGCGAUCAGAUGAUUUGUAUAGGGGAUAAGAUGUCUAGGGGUGGAGUACCCCUUUAAUGCUGAUUUUUAUAUCCUUAUGCUGUGUUUGCACAUUAAAGGCAAUGUGUCAUCAGAAAAUGAUCUAUUGUUUAUGUCAGAUUAUUUAUGUUAACCAUAUUUUUAAUUGUUGGUGAUGUUUAUUUAUUUUUUUUCUUCUAGUAUUCCAUUCUAUAUUAUAAAAUCAUCCUAAAAUCAUGCAGUUUCCAUUCUGGACACUAGACGUCACAAGGAUCGUGACUGUGACAUUAUAACCAUGACCGCCAGCUCCAAGAGUUCGGAAAAAAAUCUUCAGAACACUUGGGCACAGGAGUACCACUUUAAAGGGAAAUUGACAGCAUCCCCCAUACUAAACUGCUGGUAGUGCCUGUUAUAGUCUAGUGCCAUAAUAGUGUUUAUCUUUAUUUUUUUUUUUCAUUUAUAGGUGAUGCCAUUCCCAACAUAUCCCUAACAAUCCUAAUAUGUCAAUUAGGCUCUUGUUUUAUUUGGGGUGAUCCCUACCCCCUAGUUGCACUGAUUCUUUUUCCUGGCUGCUCCCUCAUUCAGGCCCCGAUGACUAUUUAUACUCUCCCUCUCAUGCAUAUAGCUGCUGUGUGCUAAGAUCCCCGUGAGCGUGCACAGAUCACCAGCAUGGCUGGCCCUGGCCCGCAGAAGAGGGAGAGGAUGAAUAUUUAUUAGGGGGCGUGAAUGAGGAACCAGCCGGGAAAAAGAACCAGUGCACCUAGGUGGUAGGGAACAUCCUGCCUGCACCAAGAACCUAAUUUACAUAUAAAUAUUUAGUGAUAUAUAGGGAAUGGUGGCACCUAGAAAAGGUAAACAACAUUUUGAUCACCCGCACUAACCAGAAAUACCAGCAGGUUAGUGCCGGUGGCGCUGCUGUCAGUUUCCCUUUAAUGCAGAUAAAAAUAUGCAUAUCACUGGCCUGAAUAAUGGUCAAAAUGCUGUGAUUUUGUUGCAAUUCUUGAAAUGGUUACCAGAACACAACCACAAUGUGUGAACGGAGCCUUAACACAGUGCCAACAUUUGCAAAUGUGUAUUUGACUUUUAACCUCAAGACUAUCCUUCAUUUACUGUUGCUAAUAUGUUAAGAGGUUGAUAAUAAAAAUCUGGGUUUUUCUGUUUGUCUCAUUUUCUAUACUGUUUAUG